UAUGAAAAAUCCAAAGAGAUUUCUAGAGCUUCUAACUGCAUGGGAGAAAGGAAUGAGGGGAGGUUUUGGGAUUCUUGAAUGGAAAUAGGUAUGAUUUUGGUGAAGUUGCGUCAGCCAUCAGUUAUGACUUAUGACUGAAUGAAGUGGAGAGAAACAACUGGGAGGAGAGUUUAUGGCGUCUUAAAUAAUUGAUUGCCUGAAGACCCAUGGACGAUGUAACAGAUGGCGAUGGUGCUCAAGAAGCGUUGAUAAUAUAUUUUAUAGGCUUCUAGCGGAGCGAAUAAGAUUUGUGUCUGGGCAUCGGAAAACAGUAUGUCUGGGAAGAUGGGAAAGGGGAUGGAGGAGAGGAAGGAGCAGUGGGGGAGCAGCGGCAGUGUAGAGGAAACACUGACGGUAUUCCAGGGAAGAGAGGACGAUUCCCUAAUCCACUCUAUAGCGGCUCUCACCAUAUGGUUAGGGGCCAUCCAUUUCGUCGUCGCUUUGGUCCUUACGGCCUUGCUAUUCCUUCCGCUUUCCCUGGCCCUCACGGUUUUUGGGUUGCUUUUAGUCUUUAUGGUGAUUCCAAUUGAUGAAAGGAGCAAAUAUGGGAGAAAACUAUCCAGGUAUAUCUGUAAGCAUGCUUGCGGUUAUUUUCCGGUGACUCUAUAUGUGGAGGAUAUAAAAGCGUUCGACCCCAAUCGCGCCUAUGUAUUUGGUUAUGAGCCACAUUCAGUUCUGCCAAUUGGUGUUGUUGCACUUGCCGACCUUACAGGUUUCCUGCCUCUCUCAAAAAUUAAAGUCCUUGCAAGUAGUGCUGUGUUCUACGUGCCAUUCCUGCGGCAUAUAUGGACUUGGUUGGGUCUUACACCUGCAACAAAGAAAAAUUUUACCUCCCUCUUGGCAUCUGGUUAUAGUUGCAUCAUAGUGCCAGGUGGAGUGCAAGAGCCAUGUCUUAUGGAGCACGGUUGUGAGGUUGCCUUCCUCAAGUCGAGAAAAGGAUUUGUUCGCAUAGCCAUGGAGAUGGGACGGCCCUUGGUUCCAGUUUUCUGCUUUGGUCAGUCUCACGUCUAUAAGUGGUGGAAACCUGGUGGGAACUUGUACCUGCAAUUUUCUAGAGCUAUCAAGUUUACCCCCAUUUUCUUUUGGGGAAUAUUUGGAUCUCCUUUACCCUACCGACAUCCAAUGGAUGUGGUGGUGGGUAGACCGAUUGAGGUUAAGAAAAAUGCGCAACCUACUGUGGAAGAGGUCAUUGAAGUACAUGGUCAGUUUGUUGAGGCACUUACUGAUCUAUUUGAAAAGCACAAAGCAAGAGUUGGCCAUGCCGAUCUUCAGUUAAAAAUUCUUUGAACAGAUGCCAAGACGUGCAUUGUGGAUCUCACUUGUUCAUCCACAUCUCAUCUCUUUUUAUGUAAUGAUAUCCCUUGUUUGAUUUUAUUUAUUAAUGAAAUUGAAGCUCAAAACUAUGUGAGUUAAAGCAUGCUUUUGGAAAUUCCCAUUUUGACAAUACACAAGUAGCAGCUUCUUUGCAGGCAUAAA